UUUAAUUUCAAAAUAUCUGGAUAACUUAAUUCAUAUUUAACAAAAGAUAGUAAUGUAAUUAAACAAAAAAUGAUUCGGGGUUCAAGAAUACCUCUUCGUCGCUUGGCACACCCAAAUUUAUGGAGUUUAAGGAUCAGCAAGGAUUUUUCGAGGGAUGGUAAGGAGAUCGAGGAGCAAAAUGCUUUAAAACGAUUGGGAACCAGUCCUCGGAAUAUUCGCGAUCACCCCAUAGGAUGUACACCGAAAAGUUUGAAUACGUCGGCCUUCAUUUCCCCGGAUUUCAUUCCUCCAUCUACCUACCGCAUUGUGGAAAACGAGGAGCAACUGGGGCCAAAGGCUGGCAAAAAGGAGACCUACAAGAAUCCGGAGUACUACAGCUAUUAUCGUUACUCGUACUACGAUCUUAAAACAAUUGUGGACACCAUUAAAAAGAAACAAUCAUCCAAAAACUAAGAAUAAGCAACAUAGAUUACAAAUGGUUAUAUUAUUCUUUUUUACAAAACUUUCACAAAACAAAAUUUUGAGAAUUAUAUAAAUCAUGGGAAAAUCAAAAAUCUUGUUGGAAAAUUCUGAA